AGCACUUGCCAUCCAAAUGCAAAUUACAGACAAGAAAGGAGAAGCAACAACCUACGGAAACCUAGGAAUUGUGUUACAAUUACUCGGUGAAUAUCUGAAGGCUAAAGAAUAUCAUGAGGAAGCACUUGCCAUCCAAAUGCAAAUUGGAGACAAGAGAGGAGAAGCAACAACCUACGGAAACCUGGGAAAUGUGUUAGGACUACUCGGUGAAUAUCAGAAGGCUAUAGAAUAUUACGAGAAAGCACUUGCCAUCCAAAUGCAAAUUGCAGAGAAGGCAGGAGAAGCAACAACCUACAGAAACCUGGGAAAUGUGUUAGGACUACUCGGUGAAUAUCAGAAGGCUAAAGAAUAUUACGAGAAAGCACUUGCCAUCCAAAUGCAAAUUGGAGACAAGAAAGGAGAAGCAACAACCUACAGAAACCUGGGAAUUUUGUUAGGAUCACUCGACAAGGAAGGAGAAGCAACAACCUACGGAAACCUAGGAAUUGUGUUAGGAUCACUCGGUGAAUAUCAAAAGGCUAAAGAAUUUCACAAGAAAGCGCUUGACAUUGAAAUAGAAGCUGGUGGCAGAUCGGUACAAGCAGCAUGUUACUUGAAACUAGGAAGGGUUUCUUCCUGGCUUGCAAAGUAUCUGUAUGGCGAGAAAGCACUUUCUAUUGCCACAGAAAUUGGUGACCGAGAUUGUCAAGCAGAUGCUUUUGGUCUCCUUGGUGAUGUUUUCUUCUGGCGUAAAGAUUAUCAGAAGGCCAUAGAAUGUUUCAAGAAACAGCUUGCCAUUAGUGGUGAGAUUUGCAAUAGAAUGAAAUUGGCAAGGAGUUACCGAAAGCUAGCACUGGUGUUCCUAGAGAUUGGGGAACGUGAAAGAGCCAGCGAAUGCUUUGAGAAAGUCCGCGGGAUAAACUCUGAUAUUGGAGGCAUAAAGGUUGAGUUAUCGACCCUCGGCCUUAUGUCAACCUUGAGACUUCUUCAAUCAAGGUCCGAGGAAGCAUAUCCAUAUUUUUAUCAGUACAUGGCUAAACAUGAAGCAUGGCGAGAUUCUCAGCAAGGAAACGAACAAUUUCAACUGGGCAUUUCAGAAAAGUACGCAGGUGCACCCUACAAGGUGCUCAGUCGACUGCUAUAUUCUGCUGGUAAUUUUCGAGAUGCGCUCUAUGUCGAGGAGCUUACACGGGCUAGAUGCCUGGCAGACUUGGUGGCACGAAACUUUUCCGUUGAAAAUCAUAUCUCAGCUGAUCCACAAUCAUGGUAUGGGAUGGAAGAAAUUGUGGGCAAAGAAGGUGACUCUGCAUUCUUGUACAUUUCGUAUGAUGAUCGAAGGGUUUUUCUUUGGGUUCUGAAAGCAAACGGUGACAUUUUGUUUCGAAACUCCGAAGAAGUCGAUGACAAAACUCUCAUGGCUGAGGAUGCUUAUGAUCUGAAUACUUAUUUCAACAAAAGUAUCUGCGGCUUUGACGUUUUACCCAGACAGAACUGCGAGGAUCGGUCUUUGAACGAAACCAUGUCGAUAUUAACCCAAGAUGAAAGCGAAACAGAUUUGAGAGGCGAGAAAGCCAAAGACCCUGAAAGGAUGCUUUCUGAAUGUUUCAAACUGAUCAUCGCUCCAGUGGCCGAAUUACUCACCGAGCCCGAAAUCAUUAUUGUUCCCGAACGUAACUUGUACCAAGUCCCAUUUGCAGCCUUACGCGACCACAUAGGCGGAAAGUAUUUAUCAGAGACCUUCAGGCUCCGCAUCGUCCCUUCUUUGACGACUCUGAAGCUUAUCCAGGACUGCCCAGUGGACUAUCACAGUCAGACAGAUGCACUGGUUGUGGGUGAUCCCAAGGUUGGCUGGGCACUUUACAAGGGAAAUAUUCGUAACUUCAAAUCACUGAACGGUGCGAGGAAGGAAGCAGAGAUGAUCGGACAACUGCUGGGUGUUCAGCCUUUGUCGGGAGAGCGUGCGACAAGAGAGGCGGUACUUCAAGUGAUGAGUUCAGUGAGUCUGAUUCAUAUUGCUGCCCAUGGUAAUGCCGACAGAGGAGAGAUUGCCCUUUCCCCUUGCCCUACUGCUAAAAGUAUUCCAGAAGAAGAAGACUACCUCUUGAGGAUCGCUGAUAUCUCACAAGUUAAACUGCGAGCUAAACUGGUG